GGUCCAAGCGAAUAGUCCUCGCGCGAGCGGGACACGGUGGUGGAUGCAAUUCCCCUCGCCUCCAGCCGCCUGGAGCUCCCCGGCGCCUCAGGCAGCGUCCUCCUCUGCAGCAGCCGCGGCUCUGGCACCUGGGCAGCCUGGACCCUCGUGCCCUGCUUCCGGGGCCUCGCAAGUGGGGCGCCCAGGGACACCCCCUGCGGGCCGGGUGGAGGAAGAGGAGGAGGAAGAGGAGGAGGACGUGGACCGGGACGCAGACCCCAGUCCAAACACUGGGCUGAGCUGCUGUCACUUCUUUCUAAGGGAGUGGAAGAGAGAGACUGGGCGAGUCAUGGGGGGCUGCGAAGUCCGGGAAUUUCUUUUGCAAUUUGGGCUGUUCUUGUCCCUGUUGACAUCUUGGACAGGCGAUUGCAGUCACGUCUCCAACAAUCAAGUUGUUUUGCUUGACACCAGCACCGUGCUGGGAGAGCUAGGAUGGAAGACGUACCCACUGAACGGGUGGGAUGCCAUCACCGAAAUGGAUGAGCACAACAGGCCCAUCCACACUUACCAGGUAUGCAAUGUCAUGGAGCCAAACCAAAACAACUGGCUCCGUACCAACUGGAUCUCCCGUGACGCCGCUCAAAAAAUUUAUGUGGAAAUGAAGUUCACACUGAGGGAUUGUAACAGCAUCCCAUGGGUCUUGGGGACUUGCAAGGAAACGUUUAAUCUACAUUACAUGGAAUCGGAUGAGGCUCACGCAACGAAGUUCAAGCCCAGCCAGUACACAAAGAUAGACACGAUUGCUGCUGACGAGAGCUUUACCCAGAUGGAUUUGGGGGACCGCAUCCUUAAACUCAACACCGAAAUUCGGGAAGUGGGCCCGAUAGAGAGGAAAGGAUUUUAUCUGGCUUUCCAAGACAUUGGAGCGUGCAUCGCCCUUGUCUCAGUUCGCGUUUUCUACAAAAAGUGCCCGUUUACCGUUCGGAACUUGGCCAUGUUUCCUGACACCAUCCCAAGGGUGGACUCUUCAUCUCUGGUGGAAGUGCGAGGCUCUUGCGUGAAGAGCGCGGAGGAGCGCGACACGCCUAAGCUGUACUGCGGGGCCGACGGAGACUGGCUCGUGCCGCUGGGAAGGUGUAUCUGCAGUACGGGGUAUGAAGAAAUCGAGGGGUCUUGCCAUGCCUGCAGACAAGGAUUCUAUAAAGCAUUUGCUGGGAACACAAAAUGUUCCAAGUGCCCUCCACACAGUUUAACCUACAUGGAAGCAACUUCAGUCUGUCAAUGUGAAAAGGGUUACUUCCGAGCUGAAAAAGACCCACCUUCUAUGGCAUGUACUAGGCCACCUUCGGCUCCUAGGAAUGUGAUUUUUAACAUCAAUGAAACAGCCCUUAUCUUGGAAUGGAGUCCACCAAGUGACACAGGAGGGAGAAAAGAUCUCACAUACAGUGUCAUCUGUAAGAAAUGUGGAUUAGACACCAGCCAGUGUGAGGACUGUGGUGGAGGACUGCGCUUCAUCCCAAGGCAUACAGGCCUGAUCAACAACUCCGUUGUAGUGCUAGACUUUGUGUCUCAUGUGAAUUACACCUUUGAAAUAGAAGCCACGAAUGGAGUGUCUGAGCUGAGCUUUACUCCCAAGCAGUUCACAGCUAUUACAGUGAGCACUGAUCAAGAUGCACCGUCUCUGAUUGGUGUGGUGAGGAAGGACUGGGCAUCCCAAAAUAGCAUUGCCCUAUCAUGGCAAGCUCCUGCUUUUUCCAAUGGGGCCAUUCUGGACUACGAGAUCAAGUACUAUGAGAAAGAGCAUGAGCAGCUCACCUAUUCCUCCACGAGGUCCAAGGCCUCCAGUGUCAUCAUCACAGGUCUCAAGCCAUCCACCAAGUACAUAUUUCAUAUCCGAGUGAGGACUGCAACAGGAUACAGUGGCUACAGUCAGAAGUUUGAAUUUGAAACAGGAGAUGAAACCUCUGACAUGGCCACAGAGCAAGGGCAGAUCCUCGUGAUAGCCACGGCCGCCGUCGGGGGAUUCACCCUCCUCGUCAUCCUCACUUUGUUCUUCCUGAUCACUGGAAGGUGUCAGUGGUACAUAAAGGCCAAGAUGAAGUCAGAAGAGAAGAGAAGAAACCACGUUCAGAACGGUCAUCAGCGCUUCCCAGGAAUUAAAACUUACAUCGAUCCAGAUACCUAUGAAGACCCAUCCCUAGCAGUCCAUGAAUUUGCAAAAGAAAUUGAUCCUUCAAGGAUUCGCAUUGAGAGAGUCAUCGGAGCAGGUGAAUUUGGAGAAGUCUGUAGUGGGCGCUUGAAGACACCAGGGAAGAGAGAGAUCCCAGUUGCCAUUAAAACAUUGAAAGGUGGCCACAUGGACAGGCAAAGAAGAGAUUUUCUCAGAGAAGCUAGUAUCAUGGGUCAGUUUGAUCACCCCAAUAUCAUUCGCCUAGAAGGUGUUGUCACCAAAAGAUCCUUCCCAACCAUUGGAGUGGAAGCAUUCUGCCCCAGCUUCCUGCGGGCAGGGUUUCUAAACAGCAUCCAGGCCCCUCACCCAGUGCCAGCUGGAGGAUCUCUGCCCCCCAGGAUUCCUGCAGGCCGACCGGUAAUGAUUGUGGUAGAAUAUAUGGAGAAUGGAUCCCUAGACUCUUUUCUACGGAAACACGAUGGGCACUUCACAGUCAUCCAGUUGGUCGGCAUGCUGCGGGGCAUUGCAUCAGGCAUGAAGUAUCUUUCUGAUAUGGGUUAUGUUCAUCGAGAUCUAGCAGCUAGGAACAUACUGGUGAAUAGCAAUUUAGUGUGCAAAGUGUCCGACUUUGGUCUCUCUCGAGUACUGGAAGAUGAUCCAGAGGCUGCUUACACAACAACUGGUGGAAAAAUCCCUAUAAGGUGGACGGCCCCAGAAGCUAUCGCCUACAGAAAAUUCUCCUCUGCGAGUGAUGCGUGGAGCUACGGCAUUGUCAUGUGGGAGGUCAUGUCCUAUGGAGAGAGACCGUACUGGGAAAUGUCUAACCAGGAUGUCAUCCUAUCCAUUGAGGAAGGUUACAGACUUCCGGCUCCCAUGGGCUGUCCAGCUUCUCUACACCAGCUCAUGCUGCACUGCUGGCAAAAGGAGAGAAACCACAGGCCUAAAUUCACAGAUAUCGUCGGCUUCCUUGACAAGCUGAUCCGCAAUCCCAGUGCCCUUCACACUCUGGUGGAGGACAUCCUUGUGGUGCCCGAGGCCCCAGGUGAAAUUCCUGAAUACCCUUUGUUUGUCACAGUUGGGGACUGGCUGGAUUCUAUCAAGAUGGGGCAGUAUAAGACUAACUUCAUGGCAGCAGGUUUUACAACAUUUGACCUGAUUUCAAGAAUGAGCAUUGAUGACAUUAGGAGAAUUGGAGUCAUACUCAUUGGACACCAGAGACGGAUAGUCAGCAGCAUACAGACCUUACGUUUACAUAUGAUGCACAUACAGGAGAAAGGAUUUCAUGUAUGAAAGUACUCCAAGAACCUGUGUUUUGUGCCUCAGAAUUUCUAAAAUGAAAGAUCUCCUCUCUACUACCCUCUCUUCUGAUUCUUCAAACAUCCCUUCACUAACCACAGUCUCCUGUUCAGACUAUGGCUGCACACCUCAUGUUUAUGCUUCCUGCCUGGAUUUCAAUAUCAUGCUCCAUAGAUCCUCUCUGAAUAACCUGCAAAUAAAACCCUGGCCCACCGCAGAUUGUCGCUACACAAUGAUAAAUAACUCAGCAUGGAUGUGGAACUUUGUAUACAAAUAUUUGGGAAAUGUUCAUGGACUCUAUCUAAAGGAAUUUGUCCAGGUGUGACUUCCUUAAUGAUAUGCGUAGAGCUUGAUGGUAGAUGAAGAAGAAAUAGUUGACCAUUCGUUCAUGUUUUGUGAUUCCAAACUGACAUGAAUAUUUAUUUUAGCUAGUUUUGCUCAACUCUAUGGGUUGU